AUGAUUAAUAAAUAUAUAUUGUUAUUCAUCACAGUUAUUUUUGCAUACUCUGAUGAUCAAUAUGGAGUACUAGAAAUAAAUUAGAUGAAGAAUUUCACUGUUAAAUCUACAUAUGCCACAUAAAUUUCAUUUUUGUCAUUUCAAGGUCCAAUUCAAUUUGCUAGAGUCUCAGAAGAUGGAAAAUUAAUUGAAAUAUAACCUAUACCUGGAACAUAUUUCUUUUAUGAUUAUUUGAGUGAAAACUUUUCAGCACCCUCAGUAACAUACAUAGCUUAUGGAUCAAAAGGUGGAGCCAUAUUUCCUCAAUACAGAUUUUCAGUAUAACUUCAUAAUUAUCAUAGACAUAAUAUCAAUAGAGUGAUUUACAGGCUAACUCUCUUAUGACAUAUAACAAUUAAUCUGUAAAGUAUAAAUCUGAGAAUGGAUUCCUUAUUAUCGAUAUUCCUAUGGUUUUAUAAAGAGAUGGAUCAUUAAUAAAAUAAGCAAACUUUUUAAUUAAUAUUGGCCAUUAAGAAGAUAAAGAGCUUCUUAAAUUGAGUUCAUAUUAUUACUCUAUUGAAGAGAGACCAAAAGAUUAUAUUUAAUCUGGUUAUAAUAAAAUGACAUUCGCUAACUAUUACACUACUUUCUAUAUAAAAAUAGAUCCAAGAGAUAAUUAUGAUUAUUUUGCAGUGAUUUGUGAAGAUUAUGAUUACCCUCUUGGUGGUUCUACUUUUACAAUUAAUUAAAUGGAUUCUGAUUCCAAUACAUGGAUUUGGAUCUUGGUUACUUUAAUUGUGGUAUUGAUUAUAAUAAUUGUUGGUUGGUAUAUGAAUCAUAUAAAAAGAAAGAGGGAAGAGAAAGAAGACCCUACAAAUGUUGAAUAAACAUUUUAGUAAUUUAAUUGA